CGCAAGCGCUCCCAUCUUCCUCGUGACAAUGCCGCGGUGCAAUGUGGGACAUCGAGGAAGUUAAGGUCAAAAUAGAAACACCAAAAUGUCCGUAGGUAGUCUCACGUCCUUGAGCCGCUGUGGUGUCCUGACGUUUCGCUCCUCAGCUGGUUUAGUGGCGGUGCGUUACGCACAGACAGCUGCCGCUCCAGCAGCACAGCCGCGGAUUAAGAAGUUUCAGGUGUACAGAUGGGACCCAGACACUCCAGGAGACAAACCUCGCAUGCAGACCUUCGACAUCGACUUAAACACAUGUGGCCCAAUGGUACUUGACGCGCUAAUCAAGAUCAAAAAUGAAAUGGACCCCACGUUGACGUUCCGUCGUUCCUGCAGAGAAGGCAUCUGUGGUUCGUGUGCAAUGAACAUCAAUGGUGGAAACACGCUGGCCUGCCUCAACAAGAUUGACAGUAACAUCAGCAAACCAACCAAGAUUUACCCCCUUCCACAUAUGUAUGUGGUCAAAGACCUGGUGCCUGAUAUGAGCAACUUCUACGCUCAAUACAAGUCAAUUGAGCCCUACCUGAAGAAGAAGGACGAGUCCCAGGAGGGGAAGCAGCAGUACACGCAGUCUGUGGAGGACAGACAGAAACUGGACGGUUUGUACGAGUGCAUCCUUUGCGCCUGUUGCAGCACCAGCUGCCCCAGCUACUGGUGGAACGGGGACAAAUACCUUGGACCUGCCGUGCUCAUGCAGGCGUAUCGUUGGAUGAUCGACUCGCGGGACGACUUCACGGAGGAGCGUCUCUCCAAACUCCAGGAUCCCUUCUCUCUGUACCGCUGCCACACCAUCAUGAACUGCACCAAGACAUGCCCCAAGGGUCUAAACCCCGGGAAAGCCAUAGCGGAGAUCAAGAAGAUGAUGGCCACCUAUAAAGAGAAGAACGCAGCUGCUGUUUGAACACUCAGGUGUUCUCUGUAUAUCAUUAAAUGAUGUCAUUGAUUCCAAAACGUGCUUCUUGAUGUCUGUUGACCUUGUACGCUCAUCUCUCAAACACGCACAAAGGUUGCUUGAUGAAAUUUAUGCGCAGCUGUUUUUGACAUUUGUCUAAGUGUGUCUGUGGGGCAUAACUGGUUUUGUUUUUUGACUUUGCAGCUGCUAGGGACAUAGUGUGUGAAUGUUUUUUUCCAGAUCAUACAACACUCCCUUUCCUGAAAAUAAAUCUUAUGAAAUAGUAUGCA